UCUUCGGCACGUAUAUGACCAUAUUGUUUUGCAAGUUCCGAAAAACUCUUACUAAAAUUAUUAUGUUAUAGCUAAGAAACUUAGGUAAUGACGGAUCACACUAGCAGCUGAAAAUUUGUGACUGGCUGGUCUACUUGAGUAAAUAGUAAGAGGGACCUUCGCACCAUGAAUGGUUCAUUUUCUGGAGAGCCUAACAAGAAUCCCAGGUGAAAGGAUUAAGACGGCUCUCUUACAGCAUCAGGGACCGACGCAUAUGUACGUGUAUAAUUUGUGACAUAGCGUCGGGCAAUAGGAGUUUUGCAUGGCCAUAUUUCAUCGACGAUGUCAUGACAGAUUUGACGGCUCUGAACUCUGAUUUCCUGAAAGGAAUCAUAGAGAACACGAAAAUCACUACACAGAGGAGGUUCAUAGGUACCCUCAGCGGAAUCUUACUGACAUCCCCGGCUGUCGCCCUGUCAAAUAGCUUGGACCACAUGCAGUACAAAUGGUUCAAAGCCGCAGUCAAAAGGCAGGAUGAAGUGCUCUUCACAAGACACAAGUUUCCAGGCCCGUUUCUCGACCUGAUAGUGAGCCAAGCAGUAGUUGGUGUAAAUAAGGUGUAUGGAGCAGCUGCUGCAAAAGUCCCUCUAGCUGCACUCCGUUCACUUAUCUUCACAAAGGUGCACGCUUGCUCGGACCCAAAGUAUUCAUGUGAACUUUUAGACAACAAAGGAUUCAUUUUAGACGCUUUACAGACAACUCCAGGACCACCUCCGUCCAAACUCAGUCACGUGACGGAAGUAUACCCGUGGCUGGCAAAUGUGCUACUAAGGAGGGGCGCUUUGAAGCCCAAAUGGUGCGCCCACCUUGCAUCUGGUCAGCUCAGACUGACACACGACCUGCUCACACCACCAGGGGGCGUCAGCAGCUCAAGGAUGUCAGGUUCUACGACAGACGAAUGCAGAAUGUUCUUCCUACAUCCUGUUAGAGGUUCAAACAUAUUACUUUUGGCUCUCGCAACAAGAUCUUCAUCCGGCUGUACAUCUGAGAACGGAGCUCCUUUCGAAGACUGUUCUUUGGGUCCGAGGGGACCGCCCCCUUUGGGCGCCAAACCGCCCGCCCUUCGGAAGUGCAAGAACUGCCCGUCACUGGGGAACUCAACCCUGUCCAACUGCCAACCACCAUGCUUCUGUGGCAUCAAACGAGACAGCUGCUCUGCCCAGAUGAUCAAACCUGUGGGUAACUGGGAGUUAGAGGCUUGUUUUGAUGAGCCACAAGACCCGAUGAACUCUGUGAGCAGACCGCCCCCUCCCAGCCCAGGUGUGAGUGCAUGUUCUCGAACAUGCAGCGAAAUAACUGCUGAGGUCGAAUGUAAACAAAACAAAGAGUGUCUCUGGACAGUAUCUAUCGUUUAUCCUACGUGUCUGCAUAUCAUCGCUACAACCACCACCACCACCCCCGCUACCACCACCGUUACCACCACCGUUACCACCAAGGGAGGAGAAAUUUUGGUGGUGGGGAGGAGCGAUCCCAAGGAUCAAUCCGGAUACCGAAACUGCAAAGAAACAGACACGGUUCAGCCUAAAGAGUCUCUUCAUAUUAUUGAAAUUGAAAGCGAACCCGUCGGAGGUUGAAAAUCAGUCUCCCGAGUUAAAGGCUACUAGUACGGACACGAAGACGAGAGCUGCUGGGACAGACACUGCUGCAAGCAACGCAAUUAUGGCUACAGGGACGGACACCACUAAAGUCAAUGCGUUAGAAGUUUCGUCUUCAGGGACAUGCGCAGAUGGCCCGGUAGGCUUUGCGGGAAGUGCUGACAGUGCAUGCUCGGAGAAGGAGGGCGCCCAUACGAUUCUCGUUUCCACCGCAUUGAAAGAAUCUCAACACCUUCUUGUGCCGCCCGUGAAAACAGCCCGAAAGAACUUGCACUAAUUAUGUGGGUCAAGCGGGAGAGAGUGCACAGAACUGUUACUUUUCUGUUUUGUUUUGUUUUGUUUUUUCUGGUUUAAUUUUCAUGGGUUCGCACUCUACUAGGCACAGGCAGACCAUUCUGGAAGUUGAGUCUAGCGACCUGUGGCAAGAGCGCAGACGCUGGGACUGGGAGAUGGAAUGGACAAAGGUGGAACGAGACGGAAGAAAGUACAUAUUGCUAGCAUCUGCGUUUGUUGCCUUUUUUGUUGUUCAAAAGUAGCCAAAAAUUGCCACCAAAAAAUGGCAUUAAUUUUUAGGCUUUCAACUCUCUGUGACGACGAAAUAGAUAGCAAUAUGUUAAUAGAGGCAACUUAAUCUAAAGCACUAUAAUUUUUUGUGCUCUGUUUUAAGCAUCCAGACUAUCAUUUGUAGCCACACAGAGUGUAAAACCGUGAAAAAUAAAGGUUUCACAACAGAA